CUAGUUCCGUUCAUGUUCUGAUCCGCGGCGCACGCGGUUUUUGUAUUUAUAAACAACGAAAAUCAUGCUGGCGGGUAUCAGCGAGAAAAGCUAUGCGGCGGAGGCCCGCUACACGAACUUCUACGCCGGCGGCGACAUCGCCUGGAGCCCGAAUGGCCAUCAUCUUUACUGCCUCAAUGGCUCAGCUGUAAACCAGGUGGAUGUGCAGACCUCCCAAAUCCUAAAUAGCUACGGCUUGUCUUCCCCGUCGGCGGAUAACAAGAGGCCGGCGGAGCUGGACAAUAUCGAUGUGGAGGAGGAUACGAUUACUUGCUUCGGGCUGUCACAGGAGCAUCUGGUUACUGCCCAUCGAAGUGGCCUGCUUAGGCUGUGGCAGCUGGACACUGGGAAGCUGGUGAAGCUGUGGAAGGCGCAGCACAAGGGACCAGUCAUCCGAGUUGAGUUUAGUCCCUGCGGCAGGCUUAUCUGCACCAGCGGCGGUGCAGAUGCCACACUGAGGCUGUGGGACUACUCGAACAACAGCUGUCUGGGUGCCCUCAAGGAUUUCCCUGGUCCCGCUUGGCUCCUCGUCUUUCAUCCCAAUGUGCUGCGCAAAGAGAUCUACGCCGGAGGUUCGGAUAACACUGUCUAUGCCUGGAACUACGAGACGAAGACACUUGUGCACAAGAUGCGAGGUCACCUGUCGCAAGUCACCGGCUUGAGCUUUAAGAGCAACGCGUCCGACUGCAAUGAAAUCGUGACUGUAAGCCGGGACAAGGUUAUGAUCGUGUGGCAAUUGCAGGAGCAGUUGGAAAGCAAGCAGUUGAAGGUUCUUCCCUUGUACGAUGAGCUUGAGGGAGUCGUGUACGCAGACGAGGGACAACUGAUAAUCGUGGCGAGCGGAUCGGGCAAGCUGCAACAGGUCGACCCUAAAUCUUGGAAGAUCAGGGAUAUUCUUUCUCAAUCUGAUUUCCAAAUUAGUAGACUGCUGCACUGCAGCGAGCUAAAACAGCUGGCCCUGGUCACUACAGAGCAGAAUAUUUUGGUCUACGACGUUGAAACCCUGGAACCCAUUAAACACUUGGUGGGUUACAACGACGAGAUCCUAGACAUGUGCUUUAUGGGCGAACACGAUCGCUACCUGGCCGUUGCCACCAACAGCAAGCACUUCAAGCUGUACGACACGGAACACGACAUGAAUUGCAAGCUGAUCGUGGGUCACUCGGAUACGGUAAUGUCCCUUGCUGCAUCCCAAAAUCUGCUGAUUUCGGUGGGAAAGGACUGCAGCGUUCGGCUUUGGAGGCUUCAGCACGACAAAGAUUGCUCGCUUGAGGCUCUGACUCAACAGGCCAACUGCCACACGUCCACUAUCGGUUGCGUGGCCAUGACGCACAACGGAGCUACUGGCUUUGCAUCCGUGAGCCAAGAUGGCAGCAUGAAGGUAUGGCAGCUCGUCAGAAGUAAGGAGGAUCGCAACUCGUACUCUUUCAACCUGCGCUACGCAGCGCUUUCCCACGACAAGGAGGUGAACUGCGUUGCAUAUGCUCCGAAUAACAAGCUUAUUGCUACCGCGUCGCAAGACAAGACGGCUAAGGUGUGGCUGGCGGAGUCCAACACGCUGCAAGGAGUGUUGCGGGGACACACCCGCGGUGUGUGGAGUGUGCGCUUCUCUCCGGUGGAUCAGAUCGUGCUCACCUCAUCGUCGGACUGUACUCUCCGCAUCUGGUCCAUCAGCAAUUUUUCGUGCAUAAAACGUUUCGAUCAGGAGUGCACCAUACUGAGAGCCGAGUUCCUGGAUCACGGCAAGUUCAUUAUCUCCGCUGCUUCGGAUGGCCUUCUUAAGCUGUGGAAUAUCAAGACCAACACAUGUCUGCAGUCCCUGGACGAGCACAACGAUAGGGUUUGGGCGCUGGCCGUAUCCGCCAGGAGCAAUCGGUUCUUUUACACCGGCGGCGCGGACUCCAAGCUGAUUCGCUUCGGUGAUGUCACUCAGGUGACGCGAAACGAAGCGCUGGACAAGCGGCAGGCCGCAUUGGAGCAGGAGCAGACCCUACAUUCCCUUCUGCACGCCCAGAAGCAGCUUCACAAGGCCUUCGUGUUGGCUCUGAACCUGGACAAGCCCAAAGCCAGUUUCGAUAUUAUCAACCACUUUGUCCGCAAGCGAGAUGAGCCCGGUCUCCGGCAAUUGGUUGACCAGUUGAACGUUGACCAGCGGGUUGCGCUGCUGCAGCACGUCAAGGCAUGGACCACCAACUCGCGCCAUUCGCAGGCGGGCAACAUGAUCCUCAAGUACUUGAUCGGAGAUGCUCUUCUGGAUCCCAAGGCGAGGUUCUACUACAAUGGCAACAUGGUCGAGGUACUCACUCCGUACGUCCAGAGACACUUUAAGCGGGUCACCGAGCUGAACAAGGAUCUGGCUUUCCUAGAGUUCAUUGUCAAGUGCAUGUAGGCUUUAGCUUCGGAGCCGUUUCAUUCAUGAUUGUUAACUUAAUUCAGUUUAAUUAAUUUUAGGAAAAAAAUAAAGUAGAUAACCAUACAUUACAU